AUGCCACGCCAUGAGCCUCUAUCGACACUGACGAGGCCGUACCUCGCGCUCGGCCUUGAAGGGAGCGCGAACAAGCUGGGAGCAGGUAUCAUUCGACACAUGCCACUGACGGGGCACGAUGGGCCCGCUGCAGCAUUGAAUCAGGCACGUGUGGACAUCCUAUCGAAUGUGCGCCACACCUACGUAACGCCACCAGGCGAAGGAUUUCAACCAAGUGAUACAGCCAAGCAUCACAAGCACUGGAUUCUCCGGGUCGUGUCAGAGGCUGUUCGUGCCAGUGGCAUCGAUAGUCUCGCAGACAUUGAUUGCAUAUGCUUCACCAAGGGACCCGGUAUGGGAGCACCACUGCAGGCCGUGUCGUUGGUGGCACGCACACUGUCUCUCAUGUACAACAAGCCGCUAGUUGGCGUGAAUCACUGUGUGGGGCAUAUUGAGAUGGGGCGCACUAUCACCGGCGCCCAAAAUCCCGUGGUGCUCUAUGUGUCAGGCGGUAACACACAGGUCAUCGCGUACUCAGCUCAGCGGUACCGCAUUUUUGGCGAGACGCUGGACAUUGCCGUCGGCAACUGCCUCGAUCGAUUUGCACGAGUGAUUGGUCUGCCUAAUGAUCCAUCGCCCGGCUACAAUAUCGAACAAGAGGCGAAAAAGGGCCGUCGGCUCUAUUCUCUGCCGUACGGAACCAAGGGCAUGGACGUGUCGCUCGCUGGCAUGCUGAGUGCGACCGAGGCCUAUACCAAAGAUCCACGAUUUCGCCCGACGCAGUACGCGUGCACCACGGAUGCACCCGUGGAUGCCCUCGCUAAUGGCCGCGUAUGGGCAGGUAGUAGUUCUCAUGCGAUCGAGAAAGACAUGCCAGCACCACUCGCCACAACGGAAGACAAUACGGAUCCGGAUGUCAUUACGCCAGCAGAUCUAUGCUUCAGCUUGCAAGAGCAUAUGUUUGCCAUGUUGGUGGAGAUCACGGAGCGUGCUAUGGCACAUAUCGGCAGCAAGGAUGUGCUGAUUGUGGGCGGCGUAGGAUGCAAUGCGCGACUACAGGAAAUGAUGGGUAUCAUGGCUGAGGAACGGGGUGGCAGUGUAUUUGCGACGGACGAGCGUUUCUGCAUCGACAAUGGUAUCAUGAUCGCGCAUGCUGGGCUCUUGGCCUUCCGUAUGGGCCAGACAGUUCCGCUGGAGAAAUCGACGACAACGCAGCGCUACCGCACAGACACACCACAUAUUUCGUGGCGUGCAUAG